UCAGAGUUGGCUUACAAAGUCUCUCCAGGUUCUGCUCAGACCUUCAGAGGGACCUGCUGGAAGAAUAAACACGAUGUUUCCUCUGAGGAGCACAGCUCUCCUUGUGCUGCUGGCUCUGCAGUUUGCUGCUGGAUCCUGGGCUUCGUGUCAGACUGAAAAGAAAUGCGACUUUGUGUGUGACUGCUCUAACUGCAUAGAUGAACAAGACUGUGGCUACAGAGGAGAAACAUUUGAGUGUGACUUUGAGGAUGCAGAGAUGUGUGGAUGGACUGAUAAGUCCUUAGGUGGCAUUUACAGCUGGGAGAGACAUCAGGGUGGAGACACGCUGUCUGACAGUGGACCAUCUUCUGACUACACCACCGGCACAGCAACAGGUUGGUUCGCUGCAGUGAGGGAAGUGAGGGCUGAGUCUCUCCAAAGUGCAGUUUUAAUCUCUCCAGAGAUCAAACAGUCCUCACCAACAUGUCGUCUGCAUCUCAGAUAUUUCCUCUGGGACUCAGGUCACACAGGACUGGGCUCUGCCCCCCUCUGGGCGUCCAUCGUCCACCAGGGCUCUGAAGAUGCUGUAGUUUGGCGCCCUGAGGCCUCCAGUGUCCGUGGCUGGAGGGAGGCCACCAUCUUUCUUGGCCGAAUUCCCUCAACCUUUCAAAUCCGCCUCCACUCACAGCGCUCAGAGGGACAAAGAGGCAAUGUGGCCAUAGACCAGCUGAGGUUUCUGGACUGUGCUCUUCCCUCGCUACUACCUGGGAAAGCAUGCCCAGAAGGAAUGGUGAGGUGUAAAAAUGAUGCCUGCGUGGAACAACGGCAGGUCUGUGAUGGCAGUGACGACUGUGGCGACGGGAGUGACGAGAGUGGCGAGCACUGCGGUGGAUACAACUACUGUGACUUUGAGAAGGACUUAUGCGGUUGGGACCUGAGAUCACUUUCUCCACUAAAAUGGGAAAGAAUAAAUCAGCAAAAGAUCGGCACCUCUGAUCCUCUAAAAGGUCCAGGGAGAGAUCACUCCAAAAACACUGCAUCAGGUCACUUCCUGUAUGUCACUGUCCCUGACACUGGUCUCUCAGCGGAUUGGGCUGCUUUCCAGAGUCCGAGUCUUCAACCCACCAACAGCUCACAUCCUUGUAAGAUGGUGAUGUACACUCACCAGUUUGGGCCGAGGUCGGGUGGUCUGACGGUGAUGGUGACGGACCUCAACCUCAAACCAAUCUGGCAGCGAGGCGGUGCCCUCGGUGAUCUCUGGGUGAAGGCAGAAGUGGAGAUUGUAAACAACGUAACCUUCAAGAUCUUGAUUAUGGCAGCAGUUCGAGAAUUUGCAUAUGGAGGCGUCGCUGUUGACAGCAUCAUUUUGUCUCCUGAAUGCCGCUUGUCAUCUGAAAAUAACUCCUUGGAAGGCUUCCCCAAACCCCCGAAAGACCCGUGCACCGACCCGGAUAAGAUGUGUGACUUUCAAGCUGACUGUGCAGGAGCGGAGGAUGAAGUCAGAUGCGGAGACUUCUCUUACCCUGAGGGCAGCUCAGGCUGGACCGACUCCAGCAUUGGGAGUCAAGGUUGGCUGCUUGGUCACAAUAUCACAACCAAAGAGGACUACCUGUACGUAGCUGAGGCCCCGGGCCAGCAGCUGACUGAAGCGCAGACGCGGACCCCUCUCCUGGGCCCCACCGGCCCAAACUGUCAAAUGAGCUUUGAUUUUUCACUCGCUGGGAGUCCUGAUCACAUUGGCGAGGUGUCUGUCAGGGUGAUGGACAGCGUGCUCGGCAUGGAGCCCAAACUGUGGGAAUUCGGUGGGAAAACAGGAGCAGAGGAGGACGCCUGGCAGCAUGUUGACAUUCUUAUUGGACGGAGGAAACAACGCUUCCAGCUGCUGUUUGAAGCUCGUGCUGUGAAACUUUAUUCACAUGCCAACAUCAGAGUGAAAGAUGUUCGAUUCGUCCACUGUCACGCUGACUACUCCUCAUCUUCACCUACAGGUCUGUCGUGUAACUUUGAAGAUGGAUUGUGUGCAUGGUAUCAGGACAAGAGUGACAACUUUGACUGGACAAUGGUCAGCGGGGUGGACCACACCACCGGUGGAGGCACAAGUCUUGCUGUGGACGUGUGGAAUCCUUCUCUGCGCGGUGUGUUAGGACGCUUGAUAUCAUUUCCACAGGCCCCGGGUCCCACAGAUUACUGCCUGUCUUUCUUUUACAAACUUUACGGCCCAAACACAGGUGUUCUGAAUGUGAAGCUGAUGGAUAGCACCGGUCAUGAGAUCGUCCUUUGGACCCGCAGUGGCGCUCAUGGCAACAUGUGGCAUGAAGCACACUGUCCAAUACCAUCGCAGCUCGCAAUCUUUCAGCUGAUGUUUGAAGCAGUUCGCUCUGGUUUUGAUGGACAAAUCUCCAUUGAUGACGUGGCCUUCUUGAACGGUCCAUGCACUGCGCCGAGGAUGUGCUCCUUUGAAAAACAAGAUUGUGGAUACAAGAGUUCUAGCAAAGUGAAAUGGCUCCACCGCAACAGACAAAGCGGUGUGACAACUGGACCACAAACUGACCACACCCUGGAGACCAAACUGGGUUACUACAUGAUGGUUAACACUGCAGAAACCAACCUUCCCCACGGUGAACCCGCUGUCCUCGCCUCCCCGCUUCGACCAGGGACUACUAAGACAGAGUGUGUUGAAUUCUGGUAUCGCAUGGGAGGAGAGAAUCCUGGUUUUUUUACAGUGUACAUGAAGCCAUCGGAGGGAGAAAGGGUGGCGGUCUUCUCUGACAGUCUGAAUCAAGGAGAUGACUGGCGCCAUGGCUUUGGGAACAUCAUAAGUGGCCUUGUGGACUGGCAGUUGGAGUUUGAGGUGGUUGGGGCUGGAGGCAAAGAUUCCUACAUCGCUAUCGAUGAUGUCUUCCUUGCAGCUCACCAAUGCAAAGACAAAGGUUCCAAGUGCAGCCUGGAGAGAGGGAUGUGCAGCUGGAGCAACACUCAGAAUGCUGCAGUUGACAAACUGGACUGGGAGCUGACGAGCCGGCAGGCAGAGAAGCACUACUCCAUCCCAGCUGAAGAUCACACUCUGGGCACAGAGAAAGGCCACUUCCUCUUUUUCCCGAGCACCAAUAGAACGGCAGACAAUCAAAACGCUCACCUGCUGAGCCCCCACCUGCCCCCGACCAAAGGCACCUGUCUGCGAUUCUGGGCGUAUAAACCCUCUUCAUCGGACUGCCAGCUGAAUGUGUGGAGGCUGUCCGAUGGUCGCCUCAAUCAGCUGAUGGUGAUUAAAGACCUGGGUGGACCGUGGAAACGCUUUGACGUUGACAUCACCUCUCUUGAGGAGUACCAGAUUGUAUUUGAAGGAAUCAAAGGAACAGCAGGCGUUGUUGCUCUAGAUGACAUUGACUACAGUAUUGGGAUCAACUGCGCUAAUGAAGUCACAGACCCAAUCGAAACUUUAAAAAAGAGCGACAACGCAGGCGGGAUUGCAGCAUCCGUGAUUGUGCUCCUGAUGCUAAUCGCCACGCUGGUCACGCUGGUGGUGUACUACCUGCGAACCCAGCAGAGAGGGAUCCCCUCAUCAGCACCUUCUGGUGGUUUCAGCAAUGAGAUUUAUGAAUCAGACCUCACACAGAACCGUGUGAGAAUUCCUCCACCGCAAAAUCACCCAAUGGCAGCCGGGUUUAACGACGUCUCUGUCUACGAGGAGAGAGAGGUGGCGUGAUGAAGGGAGGAGAGUUGUUCCGCCACCUAAACGUGGCUUUGUGAAAGAAAGGUGACAUCACAGCAGAAGAACUGCUUGUGUCAUCCUGUCACGACACACACACACACACACACACACACGCACGCACACACACACACACACACACUGAGAUGCAAAAACACAAAACACAAAAAACACAGACUGAUAAUCCACAAAGCUGCUUCAGAUCCAGCGAAAUCCCUCCAGAGACGCAGCUCUCAGCCUGUGGAUGACAGAAGCCAGAAGGAGAACCCUGUAAUGCGAUAUGGAUUGAAAAUACAGUACCCUUGGAUCAGCGGUUGUCAUGGUGAUGGUUGGGGGGGGGGGGGUGUUAAAACCCAAUUAGGGUGUGUAAGGAAGUUUCAGGAGAAACGUAGCCCGUUUAAAUUGAGUUUAGCUGCUUUUUACGUUUUAAAGAGUAACUUUACCUUUUUCACGUCGAAAUUCAUUUCCGUUUUGUUGGUAAUACAACUCCAUGUGUGAAACACCAGCGUUAUAUCACCUGAGCUUUGCGGGUUCUGUGAAAACCAGUCAUUAAUAAGUCACUCUCUGAAUAACACAGAGCAUAUCAGGAGACAAAUGGACAUUCACAAGAUGAAAGGGGCUCAGUGAGUUUGGAAGCUGGAGGAAGAUGGUAACGCUAGAAUCACAUAUGCCGAACUGUGAGAUUUCAGCAUCAGGAUGUGACAGUAAUGAUGACAUAAUGACCUGUUGCUCAGCUGGAUACAACAAUUUUAUUAAAGAGAAAUAAAAAAGAUGAGUGAUCCGAUAAAAUUUGAAGAACCUCUUAAUAACUUUUCAACAAUGGGGUGCAAAAAUAGUGAAUGAGUUUGUCGAUGUCUAGGCUGUCUGCUUGGGAUGGUUCUGUCUGUGUCUGUACGGGAUGGUCUAGAGUGGGAAGCCCUCGUCCGGCUUGCAUUUAGCUUGCCAGACAUGCUGGCUUGAGGGUUGUCGCUGCCUCUUCUACGACUCCAUACCUAUGUAGUCAGUUGGGUUCCUUAAAUGGGCUUUUUUUAUAAAUUGGCAUUAUAUGAAUUUAAAUGUUGUACUCAAUUGUAAUUAAUUGCGUCAUAUGUGAAUUACAAUGACAGCCGGUUUUGGUACCACAAUGGAAAACUUCCAAAACCCAGUUUGAUUCAGUAACUUAUUUUGAUAAUGGAAGCUUUAUUUAUUUUAUAAUAUAAUGAAAAGGUGGGGGAGAAGGAGGAGAAAAAAACUGUAAAAGCAAUUGUGAAACCACAUGGAAGAAAAAAAAAAAGAGAAAAGUGCAAAGGAUUCUACGACACAGGUACUCUUUCAGAUGUGUUGGAGAGAGCACUUCAUUUUGUUAUGAAACAACAUUUAAUGAAAGUAUGGUGUAAUAAAUAAAGUUGAUGGAUAAAA